GUGGCUUUUAAACGCUGAAUACAUGAACUGUUAACGAUACUGUUAGCAAGUUUAACCACAUUUUUCAUCGUUUGAAGUCUUGAUAAACUCAUCGAAAUACCAACAACAGACUGUUGCCGAAAUGCCAAAUCAAAGAGACGAGGCCGCUGAUGAUUCCCCAGCCGACCUUCCCUGUCUGGAAAAACUUGACUCUCCUACGGGGAGCCCACCCACUGCCUCAUUAUCCAGUCUGAUGGAGCUGGAAAAUUGUGUUUCCAACCUGAGCCUCGCACAUGAGAUAGUGGUGAACACAGACUUCUGCUUCAAACCCAGGAGCCCGCCUCCAGACAGCCUGGAGGGCAGAGUGACAGAGAUUGUUCACCGGGCGUUUUGGGACAGUCUUCAAGAGGAGCUGCACAGUGAUCCUCCAAACUACAAUCAUGCUGUAAUUCUGCUACAGGAAGUCAAGACUAUGCUUCAGUCCCUGCUGCUGCCCGGUCAUGUCAGACUGAGAGCUCAGAUGGAUGAGGUGCUGGACAUGGAGCUGAUUCAGCAGGAGGUCGAUCAUGGAGCUCUGGAUCUCCACAGACUGGCAGGAUACAUCAUCAACACCAUGGCAUCUUUAUGUGCGCCUGUACGUGACCCAGAGGUCAAAGCACUGAGGGAACUCAAGGACCCUGUGGAGCUCCUGAGGGAGAUCUUCCGCAUCUUGGGCCUGAUGAAGACCGACAUGGUUAACUUCACCAUCCAGAGCCUGAGACCUCACCUCCUGCAGCAGGCCGUGCAGUACGAGAGGGCCAAAUUCCAGCAGAUCCUAGACAAGCAGCCAGCUUCUCUGGACAACACUACUGCUUGGCUUCAGGCGGCAGCGUCAGAAGAGGCGUCGGCUGUCACAGCUCAGUCCGACUCUCCCAGUCCUGACAGCCGCUGUCCUGUCAGCGCCACCGCCGUCCUCAACCGGGCCUACAUGCGUCUGCUACACUGGGACCCGCAAGACCAGAAAUAUCCCGAGACUGCGCUGAUGGACCGAGCCCGCCUGGACGCCCUGGGCCAGCGGCUCCAGAUGUUGGUCCUGGAGGCGUCGGUGCUGCUCCUGACCAACGCUCAGUGUGGGGGUGCGGUUUUCUCUCUGCAGGGGUUUGUAGGUAAACUCAGGCAGUCCGUCGCUGCCCUGCUGGAGGGCAGUCACACCAGGGAGGCUGACCUGAAGGGAGCGCUGCUGGGGCUCGGGGAGACAGUACUGCAGCAGGUGACCGACGGUCUGAGCGGCCAGGGAGGUGCAGCGCUGCCUCAAGAGAGCCUGGAUCUGCUGAAAGGACAAAUAUCUGAGCUGUGGAAGCAGAACAACCCUGUCCGCACACUCAUAGGAGAAAGGGUACAGGGCUUCCUCCAGGCCAUGCUGCAGGGCGGCCCCGCUAAAAGGAGUCCAGAGCUGCCCGCUCCCCUCAGGCUGGUGAGUGCCGAGCUAGCCGAGCUGGGGACGGCCUUUGGGCGAAUCGUUCACUUCAACCGCACGGUCUUUGGUCCUUUCUAUGCACCCAUCCUCAGGAAACUGCUGUUCCCACCCGGAGAGGCCGACACCGGGGAGGACUCACGCUAGGUUGAGGCCGACCCAGACAACCUCCGGUGGCCUUGACAUAUGCUGCCAUUUGUCAUUGGAUGUGUAGCUAUAGAGUGUACAUACAGUGAGUGAGAAUAUUCAAGGGAAAGACCAAAAAAAGUAUAUAAUUAUUAUUGUAUUUUUUCAGGUACACAAAGAAAGUGUAAAUCAAAGCAUGAGGCAGGUGCCGAAUUAUUGUUACAUUAGUGCAUCUUAACCACACAUUUGACAAGUAGUUUGUAGUGUUUUAAUGAGAAGACUCAGUAUGAGUCAUAACAAGAGACCGAUUGUGAUUCUGAAACGUAUUUGAGAAGACGAGUUGCCUGGAAAACACAUUUGUUGGUUUUCACUCCGUUUACUUCAUCUCCAGAUAAACACCCUCAGGAAGAACAAAGUACCAAAGAUUAGGCUCAUAGCUUGUAAAUAUUCAGUUUUAAAAUGUAGCAGGUUUCUCUUCUUAUCUUUAUGUUGACAGAUGUUUAUACCAAAGACAGUGUGCACUUUUUUUCUAAGUUAACCCCCCACCCUGUUUAUAAACCAAAAAUAUUAGGGGUCGGCCGAUGCGCUUUUAGGUUCAAUAAUGAUUAUUAAUAAUCAAGGUGACUGAUACAUGUUACAUUAACAACAUGUGAUUGCUCCGUACCUUUCAUUCAAAACUAGGCUACUUCAUUACUAAUGAAGCAGAAGUCACUAUUUAACUCAUCCUGCAUCUCUCUAAAAGAAACCGUGUCAGACAGAGCUUCAGUAACUUAGUCGUGGGUUGAGACUGAGACUAAGAAUGUGAGAAAUGCAAGAAAUAAUGCUCUAGCCCAGGGGUCGGGAACCAAUGGCUCGCGAGCCAGAUGUGGCUCUUUUGAUGGCCGCACGCGCGAGCCAACGACUAGAAAGCCGGUUCGCAGUCAUUUCAAUGGGAAAGUGGCAAACAUACAUGUCGUUGUGUCUAUCUAUCUAUCUAUCCAUCAAUCACAAAGGCAACGCAGAAGAGGCAACGCAGAUCGGGUAGU